AUGGCCGAAAAUAUGGAAGUCGACGUGGCGACGCCUCGUGGGACGAAGAGAAAAGCGGACGAAACGCAACCGCCACUCGGCGGCGCCCCUCGUAAGAUUGUGGCCCUUUCUCAGGAUGUCGUGAACAAGAUCGCUGCAGGCGAGAUCAUAGUUGCGCCGGUGCAUGCACUGAAGGAGUUGAUCGAGAACGCCGUGGACGCAGGCUCAACGUCUCUCGAGAUUCUGAUCAAGGAAGGCGGAUUGAAGCUUCUUCAGAUUACGGAUAAUGGCCACGGCAUCAAUCGAGAUGACUUGCCUAUUCUAUGCGAGCGAUUUACCACAUCCAAGCUCAAGGCUUUUGAGGAUCUUACAUCCAUCGGCACCUAUGGCUUCCGGGGCGAAGCUCUUGCCAGUAUCAGUCAUAUUGCCCAUUUGACCGUGACCACGCGGACCAAGGAGUCAAGCUGUGCCUACAAAGCGCACUAUGCAGAUGGCAAGCUGGUGCCUGCCAAACCUGGACAGACCGCUGAGCCGAAGCCAACAGCAGGCCGGCAAGGCACUCAGAUCACGGUAGAGGAUCUUUUCUACAAUGUUCCAACCCGACGGAGGGCUUUCCGCUCGGCUAGCGAGGAGUAUGCGAAGAUUCUCGACCUCGUCGGACGAUACGCUGUCCACUGUUCUGGCGUCGCUUUCACGUGCAAAAAGCAUGGCGACUCAACUGCGGGCAUCUCUGUACCGGCCAAUGCGACUACUCUGGACCGCAUACGGCAGGUUCACAGCACCGCUGUUGCAAACGAACUGAUCGCGUUUCAGGCAGCGAACGAUCGCUGGGGCUUUAAGUCACAAGGCUAUGUCAGCAACGCUAACUACAGCAUCAAGAGGACAACCCUGUUGCUGUUCAUCAACCACAGAUCUGUAGAGUCCUCUGCCAUUAAAAAGGCUAUCGAGCAAACAUACGCUCAGUUCCUACCGAAGGGUGGUCACCCGUUCAUCUACCUGAGUUUGGAGAUUGACCCUCAACGCGUUGAUGUCAAUGUCCAUCCGACGAAACGCGAGGUCAAUUUCCUGAACGAAGAUGAGAUCAUUGAGAUCAUCUGCGACGAAAUUCGGUCAAAUCUAGGCAAAGUCGACACUAGUAGGACUUUUAUGACACAGAGCCUUCUGCCAGGAGUCAAGGUUCCCACCGCAGUUACUACUCCGACACAAGACGUAGGCAAUGCCAUACCAGAGACACCACGACCGCCAGUGACACCAGCGACGCAGAAGGGCCGGAGUCAGAAGCCCUACGAAAACAGCCUCGUUCGCACAGAUGCAAAGGUCCGCAAAAUUACCUCAAUGCUCCCGCCUGGUCAGCAUCCGUUAUCAGAGGCCGCUGCAGACGGAGGAGGGCCCGAGGAGAUGGACUAUGAGUACUCCGAUCGAGAGCCCACAUUGUGCCGCCUAACUACCGUCAAAGAACUGAGAGCUGAGGUGCGCGACAACAUGCACAACGGGCUCACCGACGUCUUCGCGAGCCACACCUUCGUCGGUAUCGUUGACGAACGCAGGAGAAUAGCAGCUAUCCAGAGCGGCGUCAAACUCUACCUUGUCGACUACGGCAUGGUCUGCAACGAGUUCUUCUACCAAGUCGGGCUAACAGACUUUGGAAACUUCGGCAGCAUCAAGUUCAACCCGGUGCUGAGCUUGCAUGAGCUUCUCACCGUAGCCGCUGACCACGAGAAGCAAAUAGCUGACGCCGAAGACGAGCUCAACUGGGAGGAAGUCGUCGACGCCGUCAAAGAGCAGCUGCUCAGUCGCCGCGAGAUGCUCGCAGAGUACUUCUCCCUCGAGAUCUCCGAGGAAGGUGACCUCCUCGGCAUACCACUGCUAAUAAAGGGCUACACGCCGAGUCUUGCCAAACUGCCCCAGUUCCUGCUCCGAUUGGGCCCGCACGUCAACUGGCUGGAUGAAAAAGGUUGCUUUCACAGCUUUCUGCGCGAGCUAGCCAGUUUCUACGUGCCGGAAUCGCUGCCGCCGCCCCCGCCGCCCCCUUCGACCGCGGCCGCAGGUGAAAUCGCUGAAGCGAUCGAAGAGGAUCCGGGGAUAGUCGCGAGAAGACGGCAGCUGGCGCGUGCGAUUGAGAACACAAUCUUUCCGGCGUUCAAGGCGCGGCUAGUGGCUACUAAGGGCUUACUGAAAGGCGUUGUCGAAGUCGCUAACCUCAAGGGGCUUUACAGGGUCUUCGAACGGUGUUAA